CCCCGGCGUUGUGGCUGCUCCGGCUGCAGCAGCCACGCCCGCGCGAUGGCCAUGGGGACCGCCCGACGGACGCCGCUCGUCUCGCGGCGUCGGCAAGGCUUCGCUGUCGUCUCGGCGGCGGCGCCACGGCUCAUCGUCAUGCUCCUGGCCGUGGCAGCCAUGCCCUCCUCGUCGGUGGCGGCGGCGGCGGGCUCUCCGGAGGUCGUCGAGCUGACCCUCCUCGCAAACGCUCGGGAGAAGGGCGCCGUUUGCUUGGAUGGUAGCCCGCCGGGUUACCACCUCCAGAGAGGCUUCGGCUCCGGAGAACACAGCUGGAUCGUCAAUCUUGAGGGAGGUGCAUGGUGCAACACCACAGAAGAUUGCUCCGACCGCAAAAUGACCGACCUCGGUUCAUCCAAAUUCAUGAAAGCAAUAGAGUUUGAGGGGAUACUCAGCAACAAGCGCUCACAAAAUCCUUAUUUCUACAACUGGAAUAAAGUUGACAUAAGGUAUUGUGACGGGGGAUCAUUUGCUGGGGAUGCUGAGGGCAAAGAUCGGAAUGGAACAAAACUUUUCUUCAGAGGAUUGCGCAUCUGGGAAGCAGUCGUCGACGAACUCAUGGGGAAAGGACUGGCCACUGCUAAACAGGCCUUGCUUUCAGGUUGCUCCGCUGGUGGUCUUGCUGCCCUACUGCACUGCGAUGAUUUCCGUGCACGAUUCCCUCUGGAGGUUCCAGUAAAAUGCCUCUCGGAUGCUGGAUUCUUUCUUGAUGCAAAGGAUUUAUCAGGGGAAAGGUUAAUGCGGUCGAUCUUCAGUGGAGUUGUUCAACUUCAGAAUGUUAGAAAAGUUUUGCCCAAGGACUGCAUUGCAGAGAAGGAUCCAACAGAGUGUUUCUUUCCUGCUGAGUUUAUCAAGAAUAUCAGCACUCCCACAUUUAUCCGGAACUCCGGCUAUGAUUCAUAUCAGGUAGGAAAUAUUGUGGCGCCAGGCGGGUCUGAUCCUGGACAAUCAUGGGCGAGUUGCAAAGCUGACAUCCGAAACUGUACUUCCGCCCAAAUUGAGGCACUGCAUGUUUUUCUUCUCCACGCACCAUGCUGUAGGAUUCAGGAAGGAACUAGUCGAGGCUUUGGAGGUUGCUCAACGCAAGAGGGACUGGGGGCUGUUCAUCGACUCAUGCUUCAACCACUGUCAAACGCCAUUCAGAAUCUCAUGGCAUUCGCCGAUCUCCCUGAGGCUUGGUAACAAGACGAUCGCCGAAGCUGUCGCGGACUGGUAUAUUGGUGGAGGCCAUGGAGUAAAAGAGAUUGACUGCGAGUAUCCAUGUAUUAACCCCACGUGUAGCAGUCAGCUCGACCUGUGACGGGGUGAAGUUUUGCUCUUCGCUAUUGCAAGACACAAACGAUACAGAGAAAAAAAAAAAGAGAAUAACAGCCUUGAAUUCCAAGGUUUACACGAACGCUUGAGGUCUCACAGUUGCUACUUCUGACCUCCACCACCACAAAAA